AUGAUCUUCUCAAAGAGUGUCAUUGCCGCCGUGGCAACCCUCGUCACUCUGGGUCUCGCUGACCCUCUUUCUUUCACUGCCUGGCCUACUGAGCCGCUCGAGGCUGGCAAGCCCGUUACCCUUCGAUGGGCUGGUGGUGUCCACCCUGAUCAGCCCGUGACAAUUGCCCUCCGCGAAGGACCCUCUGGCAACCUCAGGGAUGUCAAGGUCAUCACCGACCAAGCCAAGGAUGGCAGCUUCACCUGGACCCCGGACAACGACGUGAAGAGUGGUCGAACCUACGCCUUCCAGAUCUCCCAGGAAGAUGAGACCAAUUACACUGCUCUGCUUCACUCUGCCGGUGACAAGCCCGUCGAAGACAACGCCAGCACCACCGGUGCCGGUACCACUUCUGCUCCCAAUAGCCAGACCACCGCUGGCACUCGGACCACCGAUGCUACCAGCUCCGGCAGUAAAGCUCUAAUCAGCUCCUCAGCCAACGGCUCUAGCACCCCGUCCGGCUCGGCUGCUGCCAGCUCAUCUAGCGCAAGCAGCACAGAUGUUCCCAUGAUCACUGACAUUAGGAAUGGCAAGGAGGCCUCUUCCACCGGCAGUGUACAGAACGAUGCUGCUUCUAUUCCUCAGUCUUCCAUGCAAUUCGUACUGGGGGUUGCUGGUCUGCUCGUCUACCUUGUUCAGUAG